UGCUGGACAGCCUUCAGAAUAGACAGACAGCUUUCUGCAGCCAUAAUGUCCGAUUUCACCAGGAUUUAGUGAAUAAGGAUGUGAUUUUAAUAACUUGUUUAUUGUUUAGUAGUGGUUUAAAAUAAAUGACAAUGUAGUAAAGAUAUGGAGGAUAUUUCCUCAAGAUAUGGAUGAAUUGAAACACAGUUAUAAUGUCGUACAUGUUGAACGAAGAAAAGCUUCAAAAGUGUUUGAAAAUUUAGACAAAAUAUGCGAGCUAUUUUCUGUUAGUCUUCAUGAGAUAUCGGGUAAAAAUGAACAAUUUGUAGCGUUUAAUGUGGAGUUAAAAUCAAAAAAUGAUGCAGUUACCCUAGAUCCAGUUUUUGUGAACAAAAUCCAGAACUAUGUGGACCAGGUUUACAGUAGCGGUGGCAGCGGCAAGAUGGCGGUCGGAGGGGGGGCGGAGACGGAGGUGGAGGGUGAGGACUCGAGCUACGACUCUGAUGCCGAUCUCGACUCCGGGGGCGGACGCCACGACGACGUCAGCCGGACGACGUCGGACACUCUCGCCGCAGAGUACGCCGACUACGUGUCGAGUGCUGCCCUGCCGCAGGCCCAGCCGCACCCCGCCGCCAACUACACCGCCAAGGUCGAGUUUGCGCUCAAGCUCGGCUACACCGAACGCCAGGUCCAGGCCGCCCUGCAGAAGCUCGGUCCCAACCCGGGACAGAAUGAGCUGCUCGCUGAGCUUAUCAAACUAGGAGCACAGACAUUGGGCCCUCGUCUCGGAGGAUCGGAGAGCGAUCUAGGAUGCUCACUUAUGAACGCUGCGGAUGACAGUCUCAGCGACAGUCUGGCAUCCAUGCAAUCCGAGCAUCCCUCCAUAACCGCUAUCUCUGGUGAACCUCAUGCAGAGCAAUUGAGACUCCGGCCUGUAGUCAUAGAUGGCAGCAACGUAGCCAAAAGCCAUGGUAACAAGGAAGUAUUCUCAUGUCGAGGAAUUAAACUGUGUGUCGAUUGGUUCAGAUCUAGAGGACAUAAAGAGAUCACCGUAUUUGUGCCAAAGUGGAGGAAAGAAUCUUCACGCCCUGACAACCCCAUUACAGAUCAGGAAAUUUUAAACGAACUGGAAAGAGACAGACUGCUGGUUUUCACACCGUCGCGGCUACUUGGUGGAAAGAGGACGGUCUGCUACGAUGAUCGCUACAUACUGAGGUUGGCGGCCGAAAAUGAUGGCAUCGUUGUAUCAAAUGACAAUUAUAGGGACCUUGCCCAGGAGAGUCCUGAGUUCAGGAAAGUCGUUGAGGAAAGAAUUCUUAUGUACUCAUUUGUCAACGAUCGAUUCAUGCCGCCGGAUGAUCCGUUGGGCCGCUCUGGUCCAACACUAGACAACUUCCUGCGUUUCCAACCUCAUCCUCCGCCGCCAUGUCCCUAUGGCAAGAAGUGUACCUACGGUAACAAAUGCAAAUUCCACCAUCCGGAAAGAGGACCUCUGCCUCAUAAGUCUGUCACCGAACGUCUCGUGGAACAUGCUCAGAGGCAGUUGCAAGCAAGAGGCCGAGAUCAGAGUCCAGCAAACCAAAUAAAAGGUAAAUCGUUGAGUUUGCCGUUGUCGGGCGCUGGGCCAGGUGCAAACACAGGGCCGGUGGGUGCAGCGCAGGAUUGUGCCGAGGUGCGGAAAACACCGCUGUCCAGAACAAAGUCGAACGUAGUGGUGGGUGAAGGAGGCGGUGGGCUGGACACGUACAGGAGUCCGCCACCGGGCUACCCGAUGUACGCGACCACGGCUGGCGGAGCGGCGCCCUGGAUGCACGCAGCGCAGCCGCAGUCGGCGGCCAGGGGAGACGGCCUACACCGCAAGCUGCAGCGGCAGCUAACACUAAACCCUGUCUGUGACCCGAGGCUCUACCAGAUGCAGCGCUACAUGUCACAGCACGAGCAACCCCAUGUUGCGGCUCCGCCCCCCCACCCUAAUGUCACGCGCAUCGCAUCGGCGCCCCCUGCGCACCCCUCCCACGGCCCCCACCCCGCCGCGCACGCCCCCUGGCACGAGGCCCCCGUUCUGUCUUCCGCCUCCGACCCUCAGCUCAACUUGUCCGCCCCUCCGCCACCCCUCGCCUGGUCCGUGCCGCCUCCCCAACUCCCUCCUCACCAUCCGCCCCCUCCACCUCCCGCCGCUCCCGAGGAGGCCCGUCGCCGCCUCCACUACCACCUCGCCUCUCUCUUCCCCGAGGAGCAGGUACACACCGUACUGCAGCUCUACCCCAACGAAACCAAUCCUCAGAAGAUAUGCGCCGCCAUUCUAGCCAUGUUCCCCACCACCAAUCAGCCUCUCGGUUGAUGAAUUCCAGUAUUCUUCUCUCUCUUUCCAUUCCUCCACUAUUCAUAUUUUUUGUAAGUUACGCCAUUAACACUGCAUUGAUUUUAAUAUACUGUACUGUAUAUAACUCAGGUGCUAGCCAUGACAAUGUUUAUUUAUAUUUCUUUGGGCUGUAUUUAUCUACCGGCUUAUUAUAGGACUGGUCACUCAGCAUUCAAAUUAUGUAAACAUUUUAAUAAGAAGUAAUAUUUUAGGCUGUUAAUUUUCUUUUCUGUCCAGCGGAGCAAGAAUUAGUUUUAUGGCUUGAGAACGGUGUGUUGCCUAGCAGCUUGGUAAGGCAACCUAAUCGUGCUGAGCUAAGUUUUGGUGGGAACAUCAUUCGCAAAUACGGCCCUCUCUUUCUUCCAGUGUCCUGUCAAAUAGCAUUAAGUGACAUUUAUCCUAGUUUUAGUAGUUUUGCACUGUUGUACUACAAAGAAAUCUAUAUCCUAGAAGCUAUUCAUUCAUUUCGCCAAACUGACGAAUCAAUCAUCUCUCGAGAAGAGACUGAUUUCUUGGAAGAGCCUAGUAAUAGAAAAGUGUUUAUUCUCAGGUUCUAUAGUUUUACUAUAUUUCAGUAAAUCUAGUAAUCUAGACUCACCAAAUUUACUUACUGAUGAAUCUCUCAGGAGAUGAAUAUAUUGCAUUUGGUCUCCUUGAUCAAUCAUUGUCCCCCGAACAUCUUAUUGAUGUUGAUCAAUUGAAUAAUAUUCCAAGUAAUGAUCUACAAGAACAGUAUCUUGCUUCCUCGUUCAACUCUUGCAAUUAAUUUAAAUAUUAAAUGCAUUGAAGUGUAUAAUACAUAAUAUUAUGAUAUAAGAACAAAUUUUCUAUUAUCGCAUUUUUAUAACUAACAAGAGUUGUGUUAUCGCAUUAUACUGACGAUGUGAUAAAUCAUGCAUUUAAUACUUCAUCAUCAUGACAUCGAAACUGUUGAAAUAUAUUGUGUUUUCUCUCUGAACCUAAAAAGCUAAAGAACAAACUUUAUUUUACAUGUUAUUAUUAUCUGUUGAAUAACUUCCUAUUCUAUCAUAAUUGUUGAAAUUACUUUCAUAUUCUAGAAAUGUUUAUUAUUUAUUAGCUCUUUUGUGUUGAAAUAUUUGUUAAUAGCUUUCAACUUUAAAGUUUUCCAAAACCUUAACCUUGGAGGAUGAGCUAAUAAACCCUUGCUUGAUGCCAGUUGCAUAUAAUUAGACUUCUCAUUCCUCGGUUUUGUAAUUUCAUAUGCACUAGUCGUUUUGAUGCUUCAUUCAAUCAACACCUACACAAUUUCUUCUUAUUUCAAAUAAUAAAAAAGUAAUAAAUAGCAAGUAAAGCCUUACAUUCCUAAUGAAUAAUAUUUUAUUUAUUUUAUUAUAACAAUGAAGCCUCGUCCGGUCAAUUGUCAUCUUUCAAAUUCAUUUUUCAAAUUUCAUAAUAAUUGAUUGGCAAAAAAAAUCAAAAUUGAAUUGAAAACUAAAAUACUUUUGUUUUAUUAUUCUCUAAGGUGGUGGCAUUCUCUUCAUUUGAAAAAAAGUAUUUGGUGCUAAAUAAUUAACUAUUAAUAAUAGCUUCAAUGUAUUCUAAUUUCAAGUUUUGUCUUCAUAUUGAAGAUGAAUACUCUUUUCAAUCCUACUUAUUGAUCAAAGAAACGUAUAUUAUAGAUUCACUCUAACAUAUUUUGUCGAUAAUAAUUAUGUACCAUUAAUUGUGAAUCAAAGAGCAAUUCUUUUGAUACUAUGUAUCAUUUAUGCUCAUACAAAGUGCUGAAAAAUAUAUGUUGCCUAUUUUGUAAUUUGUGAAUGCCUGGUGCCUUUGAGAAUAAAAUACAAAUUUAAUCUCAAUACUUUAGCACACCAAUGCGAUUCGCAUGACGACGACGGCCAUGAUUUCAUGACUCAACGGCUUGAAAAUUCUCCCGUCGCCACCACAUUUAAAUCGUGAUGAUGUGCACAAGGCAUUUUUGAACUUGAAAGUUUUGAGUGAACAAAUUUAUUUAGUCGUUGAUUCCAAAAUGUAAAAUGUCAUGCUUGAGUGUUCAUAUUAAACUGAACAAUGUCCACACAUUAUCCUAACUUUUAUAAUCAAUGUGGAAUAUUAUGCACAAAUUAAUUAGUAAAUUAUAUCAUAGAAAUUACAAAAAUUAUUUAGGCGAGUUGAUAAAUAUAUUGAGGAAUCGGUUUAACAAAAAACUGGAAAGUAAAUUUAUUCUUUCUUAUUUGCAAUUUCAAUACAAAGUUCAAUUCAAGUCCUCGAUUAAUCUCAUAUUAUUUAUACGGUAAAAGUAGUAAAAAUGUUUUAUAUAUUAAACAUGAUAAAUAUUUAAAUUAAUAUUAAACUUGUAAAAUUCAAUCAACAAGAGUUGCCUAUUGUCACAAUGUCUAGAACAUUGUGUAUUUAAUAUUAAAUUUAUUUGAAUUUUUUGAGUUGCAAUCCAUGUAACUGAUUAACAGUAGGAGAAUAUUGUUGAAUGUAUUUCUUGUACCAUUUGUAGCAACAUUAGACAAAUAAUGAUGUUACAGCAUCCAGUCUAUACUUGUACCAAUGGUUGAAAAAUGUCACCAUUCAACUAUUAUUCUAACCUAUUCAACUCCUAAUGAGAAAUUCCUAGUAUAUUUAUGUUCUAAUUCAUUUUCCGAUUAAUCUUUUGUAUUAAAGCUUUAUGUGUUUCAAUAAUUAAUUGUUUUUAUGUAUAUUUUUACUUAAAUGUACUACUUAAUAAAUAACAUCUAAGUUGGUAGUUGAAUAUCCACUACCAUCAAUGAACCAUACAUCUUCCAUGUAUUUAGUUUAUGAAUUGCCUUGAACCACGUUGGUACAACAUAGGUCUGCAAUAGUGGUGUAGGCCACUUUUAUAAUUAAAUUCUGGAUUUUAUAACUAUCGUUAAUUUAUAUAAACAUAAUUCUUUAUUAUCCAAUCAUUACAACAUUCAGAAGCCAUAUAUAUGUGCUGGUACCAUCGCCAUCCUAGUAUUGGUAUCUGCAAGAAACAUAUAAAUAAGAAGGACCUAGAAACUCCUAGAAAAUUGACUUCUAUAGAUGUUUGCUGUACAACCUGGAUAUCUAGAACUCAACUGCAAUGUUCAAUGCAUGUGUUGUAUCAAGUUGUGAUGAUAGAUGAUGAUGAUGAUGAAAGCCACGUGAAUCAAAUAUUUUCUUGGCUAAUAAUCUGAGGGCAAUUGUAUAGUACAAUACUGUGUAUUGCAGAUGAAGUAAGGAUACAUAAUUGUCCACUAUAACUAUUGUAAAUCAUAUAGUAUUAACUGUUGUAUUUAACUAGAGUUUGAAAGAUUGAAGAUUAUUUCAUUUUUUUAAAUUGAUUGUUGUUUUUUAGCUAAAUAUGUUUUUUGGAAAGAAAAUUUUACAGAUUGUUACUUUGUAAGAUAAGUUCAUUGUUGCUGUUUAUUUUGUAAAUAAAUCAUAUUUCAUUAUUGUGAA